AUGGACAGCGAGUAUCGGAAAGAGCUCGAGGUGGCGAUCGGAGUGGUGAAGCAGGCGGCCCGCAUCAGCCAAGAGGUGCUUCCGGACCAAGACAAGGGCGCGAUCGAAAAGGACGACAACCUGGGGCCUGUGACGGUAGGCGACUUUGCGAUCCAGGCGCUGCUGACGGCCUCGCUGCACCAUGCAUUUCCGGAGGACGGGUUUGUGGGCGAGGAGGCGGCCUCGGCGCUGCGAGAGAACGCGGCACUCUGUGAGCGAGUCUGGGGGCUGGUGCAAUCUGCGGGCGACCAGGACGAAGACGGCUUCUGUACGAUACCGGCAUCGAAGGAGGAUAUGUGCGACAUGAUCGACCGAUGUCAGACGGCACCAGGACCAGGUCGAGUGUGGGUGUUUGAUCCGAUUGACGGGACGAAGACGUUUCUGCGGCGGGAACAGUACGCAAUCAACGUGGCACUGCUGGUGGACGGAAAGCAGACAGUUGCUGUUGUUGGCUGCCCGCUGCUCUCACCCGACGCGGACAUUGAGCGGAAGGACACGGACAGGCCGAUCGACAACAGCUCUGUCGAUCCGACGGGCCGUGGAUGUCUGCUCUUUGCGGUCCGAUCGCACGGCACGUUUGUGCAGCCUCUGCUAGAGGGUGGCGGGAGUAACAGGCCGGCAAAGGUGGUGCCGAGGAAGCUGGAGCUCCAUGCAGCCGCUAAAGGCGCAGCAGAGCUGCGGGCACUGCGUCCUGUGACGAGCUUCUUUCUGCAGAGCUCCGCGCUGGACGAAGUGCACCGAGCAGUGGCAGCCAAGCUGGGCGUGCCGUUUCCAGGCGGUGAUCUUGUCGGCUGGGUGCCACGGUGGGCGUCGCUGGCGAUGGGGCUGGCCAACAUGACGGUGUGGGUGUACUACAAGCGCGGGCGGCACGCCAAGAUCUGGGACCACGCGGGUGCAAUGUUGCUGUUCGAGGAGGUCGGCGGAACAAUCACAGAUGUGGACGGAAAGCCACUGGACUUGCUGGCUGGCCGGAUCAUGACGGCCAACUUUGGCUUUGUGGCGGCGGCGGCAGACGUUCACGGAACGGUCCUGGGGGCUGUGCACGAUGUUCUGCGCGAGCAGGGCCGACUGGACCUGUUGGGGGAGAAUUGA